AUGGGGAAGGCCGAGUUUGGCACAGCAAAGUACUUAAGCAACAAGAUGAAGGCCAGGGGCCUUCAGAAGUUGAAAUUUUACUGUCAGGUUUGCCAGAAACAGUGUCGAGAUGAGAAUGGCUUCAAAUCCCAUAUAAGAUCACCGUUCCAUAUGAAGAAUAUAAGCAAAGUCUCCAAUACUGAUAUUGCCAGAUACACAGAACAAUUUGAGCAAGAUUUCUUGCGACUGUUAAGACUCAGUCAUGGCGAGAAGCAAAUCGGAGUUAAUAAGUUCUACAACGAGUUUAUUCAGGACAAGCAUCAUAUACACAUGAAUGCCACGAGAUUUAGCUCCCUCACGAAGUUUAUUCAAUACCUGAGCAAGGAAGGCAAGGUAAAAGUGACCGGGUUGGAUUCUUUGGCCGAAGAUGAGAUAGAUCCUAGCCAACUGCUUAUAUCAUACAUCGACAAGUCGCAGCAGAACCUAUUGAGAAAAGCCGAAUUGAAGGAAUUAGAUGAGAAUCAGGAAUCGGAGCAGCAAAUGAAAUCGAGGCUGUUGCAACGCCAGAUCGAACUUGGACAGAAGGAAGAAACUGCAGAGGAUGAGAUCAAAAGUGAAUCGGCUACAAGAAGCAGGCUGCCGCAACGUGCCAUACAUGUAAAUUUGAAGGAUACGAUGAAAAAAGCGGGAGGAAGCAGUAAAAAGACUAAAACUAUGAGAGGCAAAGUCCAUAAAAAUGUUUUCAUGUAA